AUGGUGGCGAUGAUGGUGGUGGUGGUGGUGGUGGUGGCGGUCCACUGCUCGGACGCGGUCGGUUCGCUUGUCGCGGUGGUGGGAGCGGCACCCUCACCGCUGCCUCUACUGAAGAACGACGAGGAGGAGGAGAGGGUUUCGGUGCUUGUGGUGAUCCAGGGGACUAUUUUCGUGUUCCACGGUGCGGAUGACGAGAUUGUCAGCGUCACCGUCCUCAGGGUCGUCUCGAUGCAGGCGGACGACGAGGCAGGGAGCGGGAACGGCCCGGUCUCUGUUGCCGGCGUGGAUGUCGUCCCUAUCGGGCUUGUCGGGCCUGCGCCGCCCGCGGUUGAGUUGGUGAAGGGGAAGGGGGCCGAGCUCGGCAGUCCGGUACCUGAGCUAAGCGGCCAGGUGAGGGUCCCAGACGCGCCGCUGCCGGUCGGCGCCGAGAUGCUGGACGAGUUUGACAUGGGAAACGGGGCGCUGCAUGUUGGCGCGCUAGGAACACUGCCGGUCACGCGCGGACCGGAGCCAGUGGCUCCCGCGGAGGUCGAGUUUGGCCAUGGGAACGGUGCAGCAGACGUUAUAGCCGCGCCGGGCGUUCCGGUCAGGAUCCCCGUACCGGAAGACACCGCCGCCGAGCUCGAAUUCUUCCAGGGGAAAGGCGGCAGGGCCGUGCUGGAACUUGUUGUCGUGAUAGAGAACGCCGGCGCAGUGCCCGAGCCAGAGCUGCAUGUCGGUCCGGCAGCAGUUGGUCCCACAGCUGUAGUAGAGUUGCUGAUGGGAAAGGGCGGUGUCUGUACCGUCGUAUGGGGGUUCCCAGACGACCCGUGUACGCUCGUACCCAAGGCAGCCGUCCCCGUUGGUCCGGCUAGGCUGGUCGAGUUGCUGAGCGGGAACGGCGCGGUCGAGAUGCUACUGCGGAGAGGACCCCCCGUUACCGUAGGCCCGGGGAAGGAGAGGCUGCCUGACGGGCCCGUUUCCCAAGGUGGCGACGGUGCUGUCAGAGACGUCUCCCAGGUGGAAUACUCGCUGGUGAAAGCUGGCGAGAGCAGCAGGCUCGAGUAUGUGGCCUGUUGGCCAGAAGCGGUGCUGCCCGAGUUGAAGUCAGAUGCCGAUGUGCUCCAGAGAGUUCGUGAAGGCGACGGGAGCGAGUAA